CACAAUUUCUCCCAACCUCCCCCAAAAAUACACACAAACACACAAACACACACACAAGCACACAAAGCCUCCCUGGCUUUGCAAGUUUGGUUGCCACCCACCACACACACACACGCCCACUCGCGUCGUCGUGAAGCGCGCAAGCAGUGCAAGCAGUGCAAGCAGUGCAAGCAGCGCAAGCAGUGCAAGCAGUGAGGCGCUCAGCUCACUACAGGUUGUUCAUUUAUCCAACCGAGCACCACCGACUGACCAGCAACAACAUCGCAAGGAAGAGAACCGUGCAACCCUCCUGCGGUCACCUCUCGUAUCAAUCGCCUGUCUUCAUCACCCUCUGCCACUCCCCUUCUCUCUCUCUCUCUGUCUCUGUCCUUCUGUCUCUGUCCCCCUCCCCCCGCCCACCGUUGAUAAUUGACACGAUGCCUCGCCCACAACGAGCACUUGGGGAUCGCCCGCACUUUGUGAACCGGCGCGGCCAACGGCUGCACUACGUGACACACAACGUUGACGACGCCGCCGCACGGCCGCCGCGAGCGCUGCUCAUCGUCGUGCAUGGCUUUGGCCACCACAUUGAGGCGUGCAUUGAGCAGACGGAGCCCUCCCGCUUCACGUCCAGCGGCAUCGCCGUGGCCGGGUUCAGCUUCCACGGCCACGGCUACAGCGACGGGCGGUGGGUGCACGUGCGGCGGUACGAGCACCUGGUGGAGGACCUGGCAGACUUCCACACGUUCAUUGUGGAGCACCUUGGCCUCGGCGACGACGUGCCCGUGUUCAUGUCCGGGGAGUCCAUGGGCGGUGCUGUGGUGCUGCUCGCCUCACGCCCCGGUGGCCCCCUCGACGGCAAGGUGGCCGGCUGCAUGUAUGUCGCGCCCAUGUGCGCCAUCUCUCCCGACAUGAUGAUCCCGCAGUGGCAGAUCAACGCGCUGCGCGUGCUCAUGGCCAUGAUGCCGAUUGCGGCCAUCACGCCCAUCGAACCAGUGCUCAACCGCGUGUUCAAGGACCCGAAGAAGCUGGAGGAGGCCCUUGCAGACACGCUCGUGUGGCACAAGCGCCCGCGCCUGCGCACGGCGUGGGAGAUGCGCGAGGCAACCCUGGACGUGCAGCAGGGCCUGGACGAGUACACGGUGCCGUUCCUUGUCAUGCACGGUGGCGCAGACACGGUCACCGACCUCAACAUCAGCCGCGAGCUGCACACGCGCGCGUCCGCCACGGACAAGACGAUCAAGGUGUACGACGGUUACUACCACGCGCUGCUGGCGGAACCAGAUGGCGGCGACGAUGUUGUGCGCGCAGAUAUGGUGGAGUGGAUCCUGGCUCGCGCCGGCGGCAACAGUGAUGAUGAUGGUGCUUCGAAGCGUGUGGGGGAGGCGGGCAGUGAGUCUGCGGUGAGCGCACAACACGAGCGACCCGAGGCAGUUCUCGUUUGAUGAUGGGCGAUCAUGGUAGUUGAUGAUUGACUGAGGAAGGAGGGAUCGUGCUGCAUGCAUGCUAUUGUGUUACAUGAGAUGCACCCAGGCUGUGUGUGUUACGUGUGGCUGUGGCUGUGUGUGGCUGUGUGUGUGUGUGUGUGUGUGUGUGUG